AAAAUAAAAAUACUGUUUUAUUUAUGCUUUUACUCAUACUUCUUCCCACUUCAUCUCUACUUCUAGAAGUACUAGUACACUUACAAUUUCAAUAUUAAAGAAAAAGAAUAAGAAACUCCUUCUUGAUGAUGUUCUUCUUCUUUCUAUUUAUGUUGAUCGCGGACUGAAGGACUACGUAGCGCAGUCAUUGUCAUUGACCCUUCGUGUUUAUCUUUAUCAUAACAUCCAGAAUAAUUGAGUUUACUUCGCUUAUCUUUGUAUAUCUAUAUGCUCAAAAAUGGAGUUUGAUUUCAAUGUCGCGCGAACCCUUGGCCUUUCCGGACACAACGGGAUCGCAUGCCUCUCAGGCGAGCAAGUGGGCCAGGCGGCUGCGGCAUCGGAUAUCAGACACUUGGGUGCACGUCGCCUCGCCCCAAAUGAUCCUUCUUUGAUCAAGAAGCAGCUAUGUGAUCUCAUAGAAUCAGUCGGGCGCGCUAGUCAAGUCGCACAAAAUCUAAGGGCGCCUGUGACGGUACUUCUUUUUUAUGGCAUGAGUCUUGGAGGUUUCCUUUCGCAAUUCGAUUCUAGAAGAACUAGUGAUCAUCUAAUACGGAAAGAGGAUCCCAAUGCUUCGAAUAGGGCUAAGCACAACUUCGGGAUGAGAUCUUUUCUACUUCAGUACAAGAGGAGGUUUUUGAUAUCGGUAUUGCGCGAGUGUUGUUGCACACGAUGAGAAAGAUGAAUUUCUGUUCUUGUUUUCACCUCAAAAAAAAUGAAACAGAAUCUGCUGAAGCUGACGGAGUCUCCGGAUCAGCGUGUGUAUAUUGCUGUGCGCGACCGCAACACUGUCCUGGGUCUGCUCAAGGUCGGGCCGAAGAAACUGUUUGUGCAAAAUCCUGGGAAAUCGUCCGCAGAUCUGUAUGCACGUUCGUCUGCCUCUGGCGCUGUGUCGGAGAUCACGCCUCUUUGUGUGCUGGAUUUCUACGUGCACGAGAGCUCCCAACGCAGAGGCUUUGGAAAGCAGAUGUUCGACUACGUGCUGUGGAAAGAGCGAAAAACACCGGCAAAGUUCGCGUAUGACCGGCCAAGCGCGAAAUUGCUGAGUUUUCUUGGAAAACACUACGACUUGAAGCAAUACACGCCGCAGACCAAUAACUUCGUGGUGUAUCACAAAUAUUUUUCGAGUUCUUCCGGGUCAUCGUCCUCCGCAGCCGCUUCCUCUGGUCGUGGUGGCUCCUCGUCAUCGUCUCCGUGUCCCAUCGAUUUUGACACUUGGGCAAAAAAUUUACCGCCAUCCUCAGGCGGACCCGAGCAUCGGCAACGACGAUCGUCCGGCGAACAAGCUACUUCGGCUUCGCCAGGCUAUAACGGUAGUUCAGCUCAUGCUCAGGAGGACUAUACUGUUAAUCUUAAUGUUGACCAGGAGAAGCUGAUGCAGAUGAAUCCAAUUCCAGUUCAGAAUUCAGUUGCGGCGAAGGUAGUGCGUGAGUUGCAGCCAACACGACUGAAACCGGAUCCUUCGCCAACGGAUUCGAAUGGAGGGCACGGCUCCCCGCGGCGCGCAAGAGAGCACGGUGUGGAUAAAAUGCUGGAGGUACUGAUUUGCAAUAUCAUUUUGUAGAAUGUACUUACUUAGUACUGGCGACCAGAAAUGAAAGUACUAACAGAUGAUGAGUCACUUUGAUGCUCAUCUUGAUGAACGAGGAAGCUUUCGAAGUAGAAGCGCUCGUGACCUAGUGAAAACUUUUUGAUAGUAUCACUUAAUCUUUUUCAACUUCUAAUAGCUACUACAAGUACACCGGUCACCACGAGGUCCCACUUUAUUAUUUGUGUACAUCUUUUCUGCUUCAGCAAGUCUCGUCCGCCGUUCAUCGUCGUUCUGAGCCUGCUAUCGUCCCUGAUGCGGCGGCUCAUUUUCGGUCCGCAAUUCAGGAACAGAAAUAUGUCCUUCCCUCCGGCACUGGCGUGAUCAGUAACAGGGAACGUUCCAUGAUCAACAAUCGGCAGCAUGGAGGUAGGUCUCCGCCUGGUGCAAAUGGUUCGUCUACAUCUACUACAGGAGCUUCCUCAAGCAGUAGGGGGAUGAAUGGCAGUGCACCACUCGUCAGCAAAGGUAGAGGACGCACUUCUAGCGGAGCUUCUCCUCUCGACAAUUCGUCGAAUGGGGAACACUUUACCCGGCCAGCGUAUCUACACUACCGAGAGCGUCAACAAUCAAGUAGUGCUGUCGCGAGUCUCAUCUCCGGUGCGAACCCCAACGCGACGUCGACACGGAGUGGAGCUGGAGCAGGCACACAGGAUAAAAUUCCGGCACGCGGCGCGUCGGGUAACAAAAGCACUGAAAUGCUGCACUCCCAACAUCGGCUGGACGCAGCCAUGCGAGACGUCCACAAGGGAAGCUAUCGUCCAGGCAGGGGAUCUAUUUUCUGA